AUGCUAAUGUAUUUUAACAAUAAUCAAUUAAAGUACAGUAAUCAAGAGUACAUCAUCCCUCUUAUUUGAAAUGGUUGAGAUUAAAGUCAUAAGAUGAAAAAAAGCAUAAGAAAAGAUUAUUUAAACCUAAAGAGAUUUUAAUAAUGAUACUUGACUUAAUCUGA